AUGUCUUCCGCCAAGAAGGGUUACGAUCGGGUUGAAAUCAGGAGGUCUCUCAGAAUGUUAAAAAAACAGGUCGGGGAAUUGGAGAAAUUGGAAUCUCCGGAUCGGUUGAGUAAGGACAAGCCUGUCUUCAUCAAGCGCAAUAUAUACUUGAAGAAGAAAUUCAAAAAGAAAGUUAAAGAUCAUGGCAUAUUCUGUUCUUGCUCCUUGGAUCCUGGUUCUUCUAAUCUCUGUCGAAGUGAUUGCAGUUGUGGGGCUCUACUCUCAAGCUGUUCAUCUAGUUGCGAAUGCAGAGGCGAGUGCACCAACAAGCCGUUUCAACAAAGACGUAUCAAGAAGAUGAAGUUAGUUCAGACAGAGAAAUGUGGAAAUGGUAUUGCAGCAGAUGAAGAUAUCGAACCAGGAGAUUUUAUCAUCGAAUAUGUUGGGGAAGUUAUCGACGAAAAGAUUUGUCAAGAAAGGCUUUGGAAGUUGAAGAAGGUCGAGACAAAUUUUUAUUUGUGUCAGAUAAACUGGAACAUGGUUAUUGAUGCUACUCAUAAGGGGAAUAAAUCAAGAUAUAUCAAUCACAGCUGUGAUCCUAAUGCAGAGAUGCAGAAAUGGAUAAUUGAUGGAGAGACAAGAAUCGGCAUAUUUGCUACCCGUUUCAUAAACAAAGGCGAGGAGUUGACCUACGAUUACCAAUUUGUGCAGUUUGGUGCAGAUCAAGAUUGCUACUGCGGUUCAGUUGAUUGCAGAAAAAAACUGGGUGCAAAACCUAGUAAAGCUAAGAAGACAACUUUGGAAGAAGAUGUGAAACCAGUGGCAAGUAAAGUGACUUUGAAUACGCCCAAGGUGAAAAAGCGAGGUAGACGCGUUGCCGGUUAG